UUCACCAACUAGUUCCGCUAACCUAAGCCUUUAUGCGCAUUAUUACCAUUUUACACACCAUGCCCGUGGGGCUCAAACUCACCGCUAGUUUCGCCUCUAUUUAUGGCCACAAGCCCUACACUUUCUUCCCCACCUUCACUUCCACCACAACCUCCACCUCCACCGCCGUAAAUACAAAUCAUCAGGCGGUGCCGCCGACAUUCAUCUGCCGUUGCCGGAGGAUCGCAACUCCGGCGCCGGCGUAUCCAUUUCCGGCGAAAGUCUUAGGUGUUUCCUGUCUUAGCAUGGGCUCUGCAUUUCGGCCGUCAUCAUCUCCGUCAAAGUCUGCUAAGUUGCUUACAUUGCCUACAAUUUUGACGAUCGGCCGGGUUGCCGCAAUCCCGAUUCUCGUAACCACAUUUUAUGUUGAUAGCUGGUGGGGACCAACCGCUACAACAGGUAUAUUUAUUGCUGCAGCAAUAACUGAUUGGCUUGAUGGAUACCUUGCUCGCAAGAUGAACUUAGGAACUGCCUUUGGUGCAUUUUUAGAUCCAGUGGCUGAUAAGCUAAUGGUUGCUGCCACCUUGAUCUUGUUGUGCACUAGACCUUUGGAGGCUAGUGUGUUUGGGCAAUUGCCAUGGUUACUAACUGUACCUUCAAUUGCGAUAAUAGGCAGGGAGGUGAGUGAUCAACUGUACUUUUGUUCAUUGUUGAAUUUCCUUGCACCUGGUAUACUUUCACAAAGAAAACUGUAACUCUAUGAUAUUAAUUUUCAUGGGAUCAGGAACAUUGACAUAGUUCCUUUCUCUUAUAGGAGAUAAGACCAUAAUGGAAUCGUAUUUUCCCUUUUUUACAUGGUUUUAGUUGUUGCUAUGCACCAGAGAAACAUUUUGGAUACUGAGUUUCUGGGAGAGUUUUUAAAUGCUCAAGGUGUUACUAAGAUUAUAUUUAUGUUAAAUAUAAGGUACCCUGGCCUUUAGGGAAAUUGAAGAUGUUAGAUGGCCAUGAAAACAAUAAGGAUCGCAUGAAGGCUUUGAUCCUUUUAGCAUUCUAUGCACCCUAUCUGUGGCAUCCGAUUACGUCUCAUGGAAGCAUGUCACACGGUGGUCGUUUUCCACUGCACAUUGUAGUUUUUAUUUAUUUGUUUUUUCUGAGGAUGUGGGGAGGUUGGGUGGAGUAGCAGGGGCCAUCAGGAGGCUCUGAAAGAAUAGGAGGUACCUUAGAAAACAAGUUCAAGCUUCAAGGCAUAUAGUGUAAAUUUUGAUUAGCAAUUUGAGCAUCUAGUAUGGUUUAAGUACAAGUUUGAAACCUGAAUUCUUAGCUUCUGUAAAAAAAAGUAUAGUAGUAAGUAACUACAAAUCAGUGUUAUAACUUAUAAGGAAGGGAAAGGAAAAUGCCAUCUAUCAUGAGGUAAAUUGUGUUAGUUAAUAUUACUUUUUGAAACUUACUGAAGUAAUAGCUUAUUUUCAGUCAUACAUUCGCCACAUAUAAGUUUUAGUUGUUCAAAAGAUGAUAUCUUUGCUGUAGUUUCCCACAUAAUUUGGGAUUACAUUCCACUAUUUUUCAAGAGUUCCAUGAAGCUAUAGUUCAUAUCCUUCCUGAAAUGUAAUUUUGGUUAUAAUUGUUUUUUCUUUUCAUAUCUCAUUUCUGUUAAGUAAAGUAGGAAAUAUCAUAUUCUUAAGUAACGCCGGUGGAUAAAUUUCUCUGAAUUGCACUAGCUGCUAAUCAACUU